UAAUUUGUGGGGCGAUUCCAAAAGCUGAGGAGUUUUGACCCUUUCUGCACAUCGUUGUGAGGAAGUGUUUUGCGGGAAGCGACAGGUUUGAAACUUUGAAGUUGGUUACCGAAGGACUUGAAGCGGUGGUGUCGGUACCGAAGGACUUGAAGAGGUGGUGUCGGUACUGGAGGAUAACAGCCGUGGUGACGGUACUGGAGCAUUAACACCGUGGUCAAGGUAUCGGAGGACUCUGAGCCGGUGGUGUCGGUACCGGAGGACUGGGAGUCGUGGUGUCGGUACCGGAGGACUGGGAGGCAUGCUGUCGGUGCCGGAGGACGAAGAGCCGUAGUGUCGGUAUCGGACUGUUCUGAGUCGUGGAAGGAAUGGAGGAGUUUCUAGAUCGGUUUCCCGGCAGGAGUGAUGCGGAGAGGUCGUGGCUCAAGGAGGUAUUUGGGUUUGUGAAGCAUCAGCUAGGCUCCGCGCCCGACACCUCUUUGACAGAGGAAGCUGCCCUUGACCUCAGUGUGAGUCUGCUGAGGAGAAUAGAAGAGAUACACAACACCUGUACACUGCCGCUCAGCUACAGGCUGCUGUCUGUCUCUGAGCUGGUGGCCAGGCAAAAGGUUGCUUGUGUGAGCAAUUUGUCCUGGAGCACCAAUCAGCACAAAGCCUGUGUGAAGGAGGCGGAGUCAGAGCAGGCCCACCACAAGGCCUUACCUCGGGUUCACCUGCUUCUGAUUGGCUACCUGAGAGCGGGGCGGGCCGGAGAGCUGAGACUGACCGACGCAAGCGGGGAUGUGACAUGCGAGUGUGUAUCUCCAUCUCCUCAGUGGUUGGGCCAACCUGUGUUUCUUCCUCAUUGGAACUACAUCCCCCACAAUGCACCUCACAUGGGGCUGGUGGAGCUAAUUGGCUCUCCAGUACUGCUGAGUCCUUGCCAGGGAUUGGCGGUUCAUCCUGGCGGGGCGGAGCUUAGCAGAGCCGAUGGGGUCAAAGAGGCCGCUGCACGACUCCUUACAAGGUGUCAGGGUGUGCGUGUGCAGCUGUGGGGGGUGGUGUGUUCAGUCAGUCCUGUGCUGGAGGUCUCUGAUAGCACCUUCUUCAUCCUCAUCCUCAAAGACCCCCAAAACUCACAGACCCUGCCUGUCCUGGUCCAGGAGACCGGCUGUUUGUGGUGGAGUCAAUGUGUGUUUGUGGAUCAGUGUGUGUAUGUGACAGUACUGCGUGUGUGUGUGGUGCGUGGCUGGAAGGGAAACCGACUCCUCUCUGCGACCAGCAAGUCCAAACUACACAUCCUGCCACAUGCACUCUCCCCUGACACUCACACCACACACACCCCCAACACACUCUCUCCUCACACACACGCCACAAACACAAACACGCAAGACACAGAAACACACACACUCUCACCUCACGCACAAACUCCCGAACAACACACCGACACGCAAACAAUCUCACUUAAAACACACACACCACAGCAACAAAACACAGAAACAUUCACGCAACCUUUAGAAGCAACAGAGCAGAAGGUGGAGCCAAACGUGAUCAUCCAAUCAGGUGUCAGGAUGAAGCGCUCCAAAGUCAUCAGUUACCAGGGUGUGGUCACUGAGGUGCUGAGUGAGGAGGCGGGACUAUACAUGAUUGAUGGGGAAGUGGGCCUGUGUCUGGCCCAUCAACCACCUCGGAGGAGGGGCCUCCGGACGGGAGAUCAUUUACAGAUCCAUGGUGUCCACUUCCUCUACCAGCCGUGUCCGGACCUUCCUCCCAGCAUGCUUUGCGUGUGUCUGCGCUCCACCCUGAGGGUCACAACCUUUAGCCCGCUGGCUACCCCUGAACCCGGCUCACCUGGACCCUUGUCGUUACCACGGUUCCUACUCAAACAGGAUGUGGGCGUGUCCCAGUACCUCUGGAUCAGUCAUGUGACAAAACAACUCAGAUGCAGCCUGGUUCCCAGGUGGCUAAAAGCAAACACGGUGUGUGCUGUUGCCUGGAGGAUUCUGCAGCUUCUGUUUAAAAGAACCGAAGGAGGAAGAAGAAGAGACAUUUAUACAGAAAUACUGGAAGACCCCCACACCUGUCCUCUCUCUCAGUACACAGCGGACCCCCUGGUGUGUGAGUACGUGUGCGUGAGGGAGUGUCUGAGUGCGUUGGAGUCCCAGUGUGGGUCCGGAGCUUCUCUUCGCUCUCUGCUGCUCCCCGGUGGGGCCAGCCUCAGCAAGGCUCAGCUCAAUCAGCGGCUGGCCUGGUCCCACAGCGCCCGCCCCGGGACCCGAACCAGACCGCCUACACCCCACCAGGAACAGGCCGGUCCACAGAAGGACCAGUCCGGUCCAGGACCCACUCGUGGACAGCGCCCCCUGGUGUUGGUGGGGGUCCUGGAGCUCCCUGGCCAGACAGACGCUGCACACACCUCGUUACACACCCACACCUCACCACACACCCUCCAGUUGAGAGACGGGUCAGGGCGUGUGGCCUGUGUCGUCACCGAACCUCAUGAGGACCGGCAGAGGGCUGUCUUCAACUCUGCCUGGAUCGGUUGUCUGGUGUGCGUCAAGCGGGUCACCAUGGUUACAGAGCAGUUCCUUCAAUCAGAUUUCCCUUCCUACACACACCUGGAACAAGAUGGAUAUAUCACUCACAAACACUACAGAUCCUAUCUCCAGUUCUGUUCGAGUGAUGUGCACAUCCUGAGCCCCUCGGUUGCCAUGGCAACGCACCUGCAAGCAGAGAGGGCUAAGAGAGGAGAGGAGGAGAGGGAGGAGAAGAGAGUGAAGCUUGAUGGAGAAGAGGAGGAGAGGUUACCUAGGAGCAGUCAGCAUCCAUGCGUCUCUGUGGUGAUGAGGGUGGAGCAAAAAGAGGGCUUGUCCUGGAGAAACACGGGUGCUGAGCGAGAGGAGGCUGGGCUUACUCUCAGCUUCCGGGUUAGAGCUGAGCUGAUUGGUCCAGCCCUGAAAUGGGGGAAGGACCCAAAAAAUAGCCUGGUCACGGGCGCGGAAAUGGACAGUCAUGUUACCAAGGUACAGGUUGUGUAUCAGUCAAGGGCCGUGCAAUGGUUUCCUGUCUUGCAGCCAAACUGUUUGUACCGGAUCGUUGUUUCAAAUACACAGGAUACCAGCCUUCUGAGUGGUAAAGUGGCUCCUUGGCAGAGCAAGGUGGAACUACACACUGACCCCGCCCUCCAGGUGGGCUUAGAUUGGACGUUCCACACACUUGCCCUGCCCAAUCUCCUCCACAGCCAGUGUCUCUCUCCCAACCUGAUGUCUGUCUCUGAACUUCUGGACUCCAGUUCAGCAGAGAUGGUUUGGUUUCAGGGUGUGUUGUCCGAAAGGAUUAGUCUGCUAGAAAAUACCAACACUGGUCACGCACACUCGGAUGUUGGGGAGGGUCUUAAACUUCGCCUCACAAUGUGUGACCAGAGUGGGAGGAGUGUUCACGUAUAUCUGGAUCUAAGCCGCGCCCCUUACCCACCUGGCCUGUUGCCUGGCAACACGCUGCUGCUGUCAGCUUUCCAACGGAGGCUGUCGAGAUCAGGGGGUGUCUACUGUAACUCUCUCCCUGUGAGCUGUGUUACUGUCAGCCAGCUGGGAGACUCGAGCCCUCCCCAGCCCUCCACUCCACUCGUGCAUCUGAUGGACUGGAUGCAGCCCGGGGAGAAGAGGUGCAUUGUGGGUCAGGUCAAAGGUCAUGUGGUCUGUGUGCUCUACCUUCAGCUGACCUGGAGCUGCUCUCUCUGUGACAGCACGUUCAUACAGUCCAGAUGUUCCAGUCCUCAAUGUUACUCCACCACAGCUGUCUUCCAAUCCACAGCCAAGAUCAUUAUGGAGGAUGGUACAGGGGAGGCCCAAGUCUGGUUCUCCUGUCCACUAGUUCGUCUUCUAUUGGGAUUGGCUGAUUCUCAGUGGGAGGAGCUACAGCGAGCCUUGCGGGUCAGAGGGCGUAUCCGCGUCUACUCCCGUGGGCGGGGUCUGGUGUGUGAGGAGGACUCUGACUGCCUGCUCCAGUACCUGAGCAGCCUAUGUAGCAGUAGCACCGUGUGCCGCUCGCUCACACUCACCUGUCGGGCACGCGCACACACACAGCAAGCAGAGGGUGAAGCCCGAAGGUUCACUCGAGGAGAGACAGACUUCAUGACCCGGAUGCUCUUGCCUUUGCAACUGACCUGUACCCACAUAGAGGCAGACAGUUAGACCUGUACCCGCAUAAAGGCAGACAGACAGAGAGAGGCAGCCAUCACCAGGGGCGACGGCUGAGAUGGUAUCCAUGGUGACUUGGAAGCAGCAACCCAUCAGAACGUCUCUCCAGCAGGGGACCAAUCAGAACAUCUCUAGAGGGGACCCCGAUGUAGGAACGAAUCACAACGUCUCUCUAGCGGGGACCCAGACGUGGGGACCAAUCAGAACGUCUCUCUCGCGGGAUCCCAGGUUUAGGGACCAAUCAGAAGCUCGCUCUUGCGGGGACCCAGACGUGGGGACCAAUCAGAACGUCUCUAGCGGGGACCCAGACGUGGGGACCAAUCAGAACGUCUCUCUCGCGGGAUCCCAGGUUUAGGGACCAAUCAGAAGCUCUCUCUGGCGGGGACCCAGAUGUAGGGGCCGCUCUGCUCCUGGAUGACCGCAGUCACCUGGUCGUAAA